UCCUUCGUCCGCAGUGACCUCUGUCCCUUUAAAUCGUUUAAUUCAUUUGCCGACGAAUAUUGUCUCGCAUUGAUAGCGGUAUUGAUGCGGACCCUGUUGUCUCGGACCUCCGCAGCAAUCGUUUUCUCGGGAAAAAAAAGAAAAGAAAAAGGAAAAUGGCAUUGUUAACACCUCUGUUCGCGUUUCUGUAUCAUUUGCCGCAGGUUUACAAAUGGCUGCUAAAACCAUACUACAUAGCCUCGUUAUUUAUGUCUAGCGCGUUCCUGCUUAUGCGCAAAACGCCUGGGAUCUGUGAACAUCUUUCGACGCAGCGCGAGGAUGGCAAUUCAUGCGAUUUUGAUUGGAGAGAGGUGGAGAUACUGAUGUUCCUGAGUGCUAUAGUCAUGAUGAAAAACAGAAGAGCAAUUACCGUUGAGCAGCAUGUGGGCAACAUCAUACUCUUUUGUAAAGUGGCCAAUGUGAUUCUGUUCUUCAGACUGGACAUACGUUUGGGGCUUCUCUACUUGACCUUGUGUAUUGUUUUCCUGAUGGUCUGCAAACCUCCUCUGUACAUGGGCCCUGAAUACAUCAAGUACUUCAGUGAUAAAACCAUUGACGAGGAGUUGGAGAAGGACCACCGAGUGAUCUGGAUUGUGGAGUUUUUUGCUAACUGGUCACCAGAAUGUCAGUCUUUCGCCUCCGUCUAUGCUGAUCUGUCCUUGAAGUACAACUGUGCUGGGCUGAAAUUUGGCAAAGUGGACAUUGGUCGUUACAGUGAAGUAUCCAAAAAGUACAGGGUCAGCACUUCUCCUCUCUCAAAGCAGCUGCCCUCUCUGGUGCUCUUCCAGGGGGGAAAGGAAGUUAUGAGGCGCCCUCAGGUGGACAAGAAGGGACGCGCAGUAUCUUGGUCCUUCACAGAGGAAAACAUCAUCCGAGAGUUUAACCUCAAUGAGCUGUAUCAGAAGUCGAAGAAGCUCGGCAAGACCAAAGGAGAGAAAUUCGAGAGGCCCAAUGAACCUGUGUUUUCCCCUGUGCCUGAAGAGGAGGAACCUGAAACCGAGACCAUCACUGCGAUGGACACAGAGAGCAAGAAGGACAAAUAGAAAGUGCACGUUGAUGAAGAGCACUGUCAAUCACUAUGGGACUGGACCAGACUGUGCUAAUGUUCAGUAUGCAGAGAGCGAGAGAGAGUUUGUAUGUAGUUAUAAGCAGAAUGAUUGUGUGUUUUUUUUUCUUUUUGUAUAACGUAUUAGUAAAUUGCAAAAUCAGUCGAAUAAUAUAGUAAGUCCUAAUAUUAAUACAUAUUUAAAUUUCAUAAUCAUUGAUAUACUGGACACAGUAUACACAGGCAUCCAAACAAUGUCAUUUGGGACAGUGAUAAUAGUUCUCUGUCAGCUGUGUUAUUUUAAUCAAGUUAGACAUGAUUAAACAUAGGACGUCUACCUCUAAUAUGGUUGAUAAUUGAAGUGAUCAUUAGUAAGGGGUUAUUUUAUGUUGCAUAUGCAUCACUAUUGGGGAACAAACUUUAUAUCAGUUCUUUUUUUUUUACUGUAUUGUUAAUCCUCAUUCUUUUGUCACUCCUUGUAUUCUUAUUUUUUUUACUACUUUUCUGAGAUGUAUGGUACUGACUACUAGACUGAAUACAGUGAUCUAAAGAGGGAGGGUCUUUUAUGCCUACAGUUCAUGUCAUUUUACAAAUUACAAAAACUAAGAGUGAGAUCUUGAGAGAAUUUUCUGCCAAAUUUGGUUACCUUUGUCAUUGAGACCCAGUUACACAUUUAUUUUCAGACUGAAUACUGCUGUUUAAGUUUUAAAUAUGUUAAGUUAAUAUUAUUUUUUGUGUUGAAUGAUUAAAAUUAACAUUUUUUUUAUUACUUUAAACUGACAGGCACCGAAGAAAGCUGCAGGCAGUCCUCAUGUUUUAACCUUUUCCAGUCUGUCACUGUUAAACUAUUAUUUCAAUUUAUGUCGAAUUUUAUCAUCAGUUUCUCCACAAAAAGGAGCAAUAUUGUUUUAGUGCCCUAUUGAAUGAACGAUUCUUGUUUUUCACUAAUCUUUAAUUAAUUAAUUUUUGAAAGAUGACUAAGUGCUUUGAGUGGUAGUGGAUGGAAGUUUUGUCAUUCCAAUAAAACAUUUUGUUCUUUAAAUCCUA